CUCUCCCUCGGGAGUCGGGAAUCUUCCGCGGUAUCUCCCUCCCCGAUUCCGGGCAUCAUCCCAUCCGCCCCCUCCUCCGAUCCAACGGCCCACAUUCCUUCCCCCUUCCCCCAAUUCAUCAAAGGCAAAAGAAAUCUUCUCGAGCUCCCGUUCGAGGCGAUCGCGCUCCGCUUCAACUCCCUCCCCGCCGCCGCCACGUGGCUCGCCGUCGCCGCCGCAGCCGUGGGCAUCUGGCGCAUCAGGGCCGUCGGAUCCCGAUCCGACGCCUCCUCCCCCCUCUCCGCACCGGCGCCGUCGCCGGAGCCGGAGACGAGCACCCCCCUCCGAGCAGAUACGACGCCGACCGAGCCGAGUCGGAUCCGAUCCUGCGCCGCGCCCAAGGAGCGAUUCACGGCGUACUACGGCGUCGACGCGAGCUACGGCGAGGAGGAGGAGGAGGAGGAGGAGGAGCACGUGGGCGUCGACGGGGAGGUGACGGCACCGUUAGUGGGAGUGGGGUUGGGGUGGGAGGUUAACGGCGACGGGAGGAGGGGGAUCUCCGAUCUCGGGUGGUACCGUUACCAGGACCUGACGGUGAUUAACGGGAGCGUCGUGAGGUUGUGGGACGGAGACGGCGAGUUAACGCCGUUGCCGCAGCGGAGGUGGAGGGGCAGAACGGGAAUUUCACACUCGUUCUAGAGAGAUUUAGUAACUAUUAUAUUAUUAAAUUAAAUAAAUGUUUAUAUAUUGAUGGUAUGUGUUGAUACGAGUCAAAGUAAACUAAAUUGUUUACUUCUUUGUUGUUUUGGCUAUGGAAUAUUCAAAUCGAUGUUCGACGAUGGUUGUAGUUAAAUCUGUUUUGUUUAUUUGAGCACUCUAAAAAUUAAAUUUCGUAAUUUUUUCAA